AUGAAUUCAUUGGUGCAGAUCACUGGUAUCGAUCGUCCAGCUUGGCUGAAUGCAUCGUCCCUGGUCGCACCUGCCAGCUCUGCUGUUGUACCUGUUCCGAGCUCCAGUCUGCUAGAGCGAACUACCUCUGUUCAGGCCCCUACCACUACGUCUGUUGAAAGCUCUAGUGAUCUAAAGCCGCCGUCGACAGCGCAGUCAUCAUCUUCUAAAUAUACUCUGACCUCCAGUGCCCUGGACUUGCCCUUGGUAAGUCAAACCUCUGCCACCAUAUCCUCGCUUGGCUCAAGUAUGAUUGAGCCGCCAGGAUCGACUGGUUCUUCAUCUAUUGCAUCUUUUCUCAGUACAACUUUCCCCGAGGAGUCUGCUCCGAGUCAACUCUCACCUAUUCCGUCUCUUCCAGGGUCAAGCGCUCUCGAGCAGUCCACAGUAAGCCAAAGCGCAUCUACCGGAUCUAUCACCAGUUCAACUGGUCUCAAGCAGUCGACAGUGAGCGAAAGUGCAUCUAGCGGAUCUGUCACCAGCUCAACUGUUCUCGAGCUUUCGGCAGUAAGCCAAAGUACAUCUACCGGAUCUGUUACCAGUUCAACUGGUCUCGAGCAGUCCACAGUAAGCCAAAGUGCAUCUACAGGAUCUUUCACUAGGUCAACCGAACCCAAGCAGUCGACUGUGAGUCAAAGCGCGUCUAUUGGAUCUGUCACCAGCUCAACUGGUCUCGAGCAGUCGACAGUAAGCCAAAGCGCAUCUACCGGAUCUGUCACCAGCUCAACUGGUCUCGAGCAGUCAACAGUGAGCCAAAGUGCAUCUACCGGAUCUCUUGGCAGUUCAAGUGUUCCCGAUCAAUCGACAAUGAGCCAGAGCGCAUCUAUCGGAUCUCUUAGCAGUUCAGGUGUUCUCGAGCAGUCAACAGCUAGCCAAAGCGCAUCCACUACAUCUCUUGGCAGUUCAAGUGCUCUCGUGCUGUCGACAGUGUUCCCAAGUUCACCCGCCGGACCUCUUGGCAGUUCAAGUAUUCUCGACCUGUCGGGAUCAUCCAGCUCUCGUACUUCAAAAAAAUCUGAGACAAGUCAAAUUUCGAUGUCUACAUCUACUUUUAACUCUAGUGGUCUCGAGUCUUCGAUACUGAGUGAGUUUCCAGCCCCUACGUCUAUGCUCAGCUCUAGUGUCCUCGCAUCGUCGAUGUUGAGUCAACUCCCACCCAUCUCACCUGUCUCAUCUGUCUCAUCCGUUUCCGGUUCAAGCACCCUUGAUUCUUCCAUGGAGUCUCAUGUCUCUGCUAGAUCAUUCUUGACUAGCUUUGGCUCAGCGUGGUCAGAAGUAACUCGAUUGUCAGCUACCAUGUCAGCUACCAUUUCCUCUACCAGCUCCAAUUUUUCUGAAGAAUCGGUGAAAACUCAGGUUUCAAGCACUGACUUGCCGCUGAGCACCAGUUCUGUGCAGUCAGGAAUGACUCAAGCCUCAGGCUCUACACCUCCUCUCAGCUCAGUUACCUCUGGACUGUCCCAGGGACCUUCGAGUUCUAAGAACGAGUCACAGACAGUAGCAACACCCCUCACAACUCUCUGGCCUCUGCCGGCCUCUUCUCUAACACUCUCUGCACUGAGCACUGGAAUGAAACCUAGUUCUGAACUGACUUCAUCACUGCCCUACCGUGAAACACUCCAAGAGUCUCGUAACUCAACAGUGCCUACAGGAACAAAUGCUAUCUCUGCUUUUUCGAUGGAAACAUCAUCUUCAAGCUUAGUAUUCCUGCAUAGCACAAAUUCAUCAACUGAAACUUCAGUAAGCUCCACAUCUGAGACAUCGCAGGUUAUGGAGCCUUUAGUUGGAGCUAACACCACUACACACUCUGGUUUCACUGAGACUAGUUUGCCUACGACUCCUGUUCAUUUGAAUACAUCCGAAAGUCUGAUUACACCACAGACUAAUGCAACUACAAGUCAUGGGUCUACUAAGAUUUCUUCAUCAAACCACACUACAGGUGAAACAAUCAAGACUAUCAGUGCAGAGGGAAGCGUUCAGAGUAGUGGGAGUAUCAAGAGUCUGCCUACUUCAAGAAAUCAAACAAGCGUUGGACGCCACAGUUUUGCUAGUAUCUCAAAACUUGUCUUGAGCACGUCAAAUUCUUCAAUCGUCCAACCUCAGGUGUCAACAAAAAAUUCUCACACGAUAAUAAACACCUCUAGUUCUUCGGGAGCGACCACUUUCUCAAACUCGACCGAAGCUACUUCAACAGCAACACAAAGCACUUUGGCAGCGCCACAAGGACCCCUGACACCUCCUUUUGCUGCACCUCUCAAUCCACUGACGGUCAUUACUGUUUCUGACGUUAGUACGGUCACCCAAACAGUUACUGAGUGCUGCUUAGGAACAUGCACUCAGAGGCCAACUGCCACAGUUUUCGUUCCACCUGGCCCCUCUCCCACAACAAUUACGAUAAUUGAAACUUGCAGAACCAAUGUCGAGUCCUCGACAACAACCACUAUUAUUGAACCCUGUCCUCUGAACCCUAUUAUCACCCCUCCUCCUAUUGUCUUGCCUCCUGACGUGACAUUUGUUCAAACGACCAGUACGACUGUAGCUACAGGGGAAUGUACUAUCACACAAACAAUCACGAGUUGCGCUAAAAAUACAUGCUCUUCGAAGCCAACAGUAACUGUUUACACGCCUACCUCGUCUACUGAGACUUUAACAGUAGUACCGACUAUUCGAACGUCCACCCAUGGAACUGUAACUGUGACGGUUGUAGAGUCUUGUGUCUAUCCCUCGCCUCCACCUUGUACGGAGUCGCCUAGCAUCGUGACUCCUCCUGGAGUUCUCACCACCACCCAAACAGUGACUUCCUGUACCAGGGAUAUAUGUCGAACAGGUACACAGACUCUCACUGUACCAUCUCCUGGGCCAACACCAACAGCUGUUAUGACGACAAAAACGUAUAUCUCGACCGCUCAAAUGACUACAACUACUUGUUCGAAUGGCACUUGCUCGCCUCACACAGUUCCAAGAGUUUUGACUGUUAUUAGCGAAACCUCGACAGCGCCUGCACCAUCACCUACUAUGACGACUGAAACAUAUCUGUCAACAAGUUAUAUCACUACAACUUCUUGCUCGAAUGAUGUCUGCGCUACUCAUACUGUCCCGAGGAUUGUCACUGUUACUACUGUGGUCCCUUGUUCAACAACACCAACCCCAUCACCUACUAUGACGACUGAAACAUAUGUGUCAACAAGUUACAUCACUACAACUUCCUGCUCAAAUGAUGUCUGCGCGACUCAUACAGUCCCGAGGAUUAUCACUGUUACCACUGAGGUCCCAUGUUCAACAACACCAGCCCCAUCACCUAGUAUGACGACCGAGACCUAUCUAUCGACUAGUUGCCUCACAACAACUACUUGCUCAAAUAAUGUCUGUUCGCCUCAUACAGUCACAAACGUUCUCACUGUUACUACUGAGGUUCCCUGCUCAACAGCACCAACCCCACUGCCAAGUAUGACGACCGAGACCUAUCUAUCGACAAGUUGCCUCACAACAACUACUUGCUCAAAUAAUGUCUGCUCACCUCAUACAGUCACAAAUGUUCUCACUGUUACCACUGAGGUGCCUUGCUCAACAACACCGACCCCAUCGCCUAGUAUGACGACUGAAACCUAUCUAUCGACGAGUUGCCUCACAACAACUACUUGCUCAAAUGAUAUCUGCUCGCCUCAUACAGUUACAAACGUUCUCACUGUUACCACUGAGGUCCCUUGCUCAACGGCUCCACUUGUCACACUACAUUCUGUCCAAACCACAAUGAGGACUACAGUUAGAUACCUCACCAGUAUCGAGACAUUAACUACAACAGAAUGUUCGGACUCAUGUGCCGAGAGGACUACAACUGCAACGAAGCUUGCCACAUCAAUCGAAACUGGCGUCUCAACUCUGUCGACUCAUACGACCGCUGUCCCAUCUCACGAUAUCACAUAUAUCACAAAGACUCAAGUGACGACACACAUAGUAUCCGUGUGUGUUGCUAGCACAUGCUCAUUAUCAGCUACUACUGGUACAUUGGUCGAAACCCACAUCUCAGGUUCAUUGUCGGGAUACUUCACCGUUACUCCAGCUUCACCUCAAACGUCUGCUCCCAGCCCCGAACAAACCACAUCUGCUACUUUGCAAUGCACAGGCACAAUGUGCACACCUAAUGGUGUCACACCGCCUGCUCAGUGCAUUGGAAGUGAAUGUUCCAUUGCGCCUUCUACAUCAUUACAAUGUAUAGGUAGCGAUUGCCCCCCCGUGGUCGUUCCGCCUCCUGCUUUGUGCACGGGCACAGAAUGUUCCAGUGUUCCAGUAGCACCAGCGAAUCCGGGAUCACACAUAAGUGUGCUGAAGAAACUUCUUUUGGUGGCACUCCUUCUAUAG